GUGGCUCGAAGAGUGGGAUUUCUCAAUAUUGUUGUGCUCGCGUGGAACGGCCCGAUUCGCGAGCCGACUUACAGUUUCAGUUUGGCUGUAACGCUUGUCGUUAGUUUGUUGCCAAGAAGUAUUUCGAUUGAACUGAACGCAAAACCGAUCUCUCUUGCUCCGAUUGCAAUCAUGUUCCGUACAAAAUGCAAGGAGCACGAUCACUCAUCGUUUUACAAGUUCUUACAAAUGGAGCACAACCAUAAGAAUCUAGACUGCUACUUCUUCUACUAUUCUACAUGCAAGAAGGGUGACUUCUGCCCAUAUAGACAUGAACCGGCUGCUCUGGGUUGUGAAACUAUUUGUACAUAUUGGCAGCAAGGAAACUGCCUCAAUGAACAUUGUAAUUUCAGACAUAUGGAGUUAAAGAAAAAUCGCAAAUCAAUCCCCUGUUAUUGGGAGAAACAACCUGGAGGAUGCAGAAAGCCACAUUGUCCAUUUAUGCAUACGAGUCCACGUACAAUUACCAGUGAUCCAAUCACUCCUGUUAAGACCACAGAGGUAGCAACCAAGUCUCCGAAUCAGGAAUGGCUCAAUCGUCAAGAUGAUGCAAAGUACGACGGCAGUAGUACUACCGAAUCGGACCAAGGUAGAGGAAACAGCGAAGCCGGUAGUUUUAUCGGCAGCCCCGCCGUCGACCCUCUCAUCGUUAAAUUUGAAGAAGAAUCCGAUAAUGAAAGUGCGCCGUCGCCCGUAAAGUCUCAGCCCAAGGUACCUUACUGCAAAACCUAUGAACAGAUGAGACUGGAGGAGAUCCAAGCGGAGAGCGCGGCUUAUUACUCGUACGGAUACAAUGAGCGCGACGUGCCCCAGGACAUCUCUUUGACUCCUCGGCUCCGAAACCAGGCGGACGUAGGCAGAGCCAAAAGCAUUGGCACCAGUCGGGGUAGCGGGUGGAUCUGUGUAAAUCCAUCCAAAGUCAAGAAAGACGAAGUUCCGACAAAAGAAGAGUUGGACUUCCAAGUGCUGAGUCUGGAUGAGAUUCGACGUCGGAAAAAGGAGAAAGAGCUGGUUGCCAAAGAAACGACGACGGAGAAGUCGGAUGAGUCUCCUUCGCCGUCCUCGCCGAUCGAGGCGAAAGCCGUGAAGAGGCACUCGCUCGAGCAGUGCGACAAGGAGAGCACACCGAGCCCGAUAAAAAAGCGAAAGAUCAGCUCCGAAUUCGUGCAGAGCAUCGAAACAAUACCCGCAGUCAAGGUGGCCCCAGUGAAGCUGCGAAGGUUCAUGAAAGUUAGCACCACGCAGGAAGUAGCCGAGACGCAGCCGUGCAAAGACAUGGACGACGAGCAAAUAUCACCGGACGACCAGAACGACCAGUCGUCCUGCCGCGAGAGAUUGGAGGAUCACAGCGACGAGCCGGUAAACAGGAGGGGCGAAGUCGAAGUGAGACUGUGCGACAGCAGCACGAACGAGGAGAGGCAAUCGGAGCAGCCGGAUAGCCGAACGUACACCACGGACGACAUUAUGAGCAACGUGCUGUUCGACGGCACUCAACCGAGCACGAACACGGAGGAAGAGUACCUGAGAUUGGACCUGACAUCGUCCGACGAUAUCAUGAAGGAUAUUGAGGAUCUGCUCAAAUAAAAGAGCGCGACCAUUGUGAUUUCUAAAACGGAUUUACGCGAACGGAUACAGUACUCGGCGCGUGCUCACUUCCACGUGUCCGAUGUUUUAAACAGAUUUUAUACGAGACCAACAACUUAAUCGAAUGUAUCUAAUUUGUAGAUACUUCGGACGACCGGAAGUGCGGCGACGAGAGACUUUGAAAAAUAGCGAGAAUUAUUAAGUCAUUGAAGAUGUCUCCUCCNUUUUNUUUUUUUUUUUUUUUUUUUUUAAUAUUACGUUUUACAUUUGUUGCACUAUGCCCGUAAGUUUUACAUUUGCUCCAUAUUUACAUUUUUGUCUGUAUUUUUUUCAUCUGUUCCGCGUGGUUUUUUUAUGUGUAAGAUGAAAAGCAGAUUUUUUAUACGUAAUAGAUGUUUCGAAUUCUGAAAGCAUUUUUCUCUUUUAAUUGCAAUAUACUAGUAAUAAUUAGUACUAGUAAUUACGUAGUAUUUGUGCAUUGUGCAGCAAUUUUAUAGUAUGAAAAAUAUUCCUUAAAUGUACACACAUGUGUGCGUGUGUAUUGAAUUUAACCUUGAGAUUACUUCUUUCAUUUCCACGAGUGAAACUAUAGCUUUUAUAACUAGCUUUUGUAACUUCUAAGAAAGAAUUAAGUAUUUUCGUGAUUUAUUUAUUUUCAUCACUAAACGAUCGAUUUGCGUUCACAACACAGUUUUUUUCAAUCCACGGAUGUGCUCGUUUGGGCCCAUAUCUGUGGAAGGAUAUUUUUUCUCUUUUUCUCACAAAAGAAAAAAUAAUCCGGGGUUAAAACCGUGCCGGCGGAAAUGCAAUAACAAGUGAUCUUUAGUGGGGAUUUCUAGAGAAAAUACAGCAGGUGUUCAAAUGUAAAUUAAUUAUUAAAUCGAAAUAAAUAUACAAUUGUUACAUUUGCAAGGUAAAACAAUGGUCUUCUCUUUUGUGUCUUUUACAUUCCACAUUGUUUGUGUUUUUUUCUAUUUUCUAUAACUGAUUCGAUUGUUUCUCGAUUAUUUGGAUAAUCGAGAUCGGACGAUAACGCAGAUCGUUGACACGCAAGUUGAUUCGCGCCAACAACGAUCGACUACGUCGAGAAGAUUGAAGGUGAUGGAAACAGCAUUGAGUGAGUAUAUAAAUACGAGUUGAUCGAAGAAUCGAGAUGUGAACACGUUCGGGAAGGAGUCUUGAGCUUGAUUUCUAACGGGAGAAUCGCGCGAACAUUAUCGUAACCGAACAUUUCUGUUCUUCGGAGAGAACGAAGAAUUUCUCUCUUAAAUUUCUCUCCGCGCGAUGAAAUUGUUUCUCUCCAAUUAGAAAACAAGCAUUGAGAAAACUCUUUGAUAUUAAAUGCACACACUAUUUAUUUAGAAUGCAUAAAUCGUUACGCUUAACAUAUCUGGCCUAAGGGAAAUCACAAUCGGCAUUUUUUUUUCUCGGUCCUUUUUCUCUGUCUCUCUCUCUCUCUCUCUUGCACCGAAUACAAGUUGUGAAUUAAUUAAUUCGUCGUCAAAAGUUUUUUUUUGUUUAGACUUAGAGAGAAUUAGAGUCGAACUAUGUUGUAUACAAUGUAAAAUGACCGUCGCGAUAACUUUUUCUUACGAUGUACACACAACAAAACUCACGUUUAUUUUAUUAUCUCUCCGCGCUCGUUUUACUCGAUUAUUUAAAUAAUAUGUAACAUAAUUACCGACUUAGAAACUAUCUUUUUCCUCUUUUUCUUCUUGGUUUACACAGAAGUAGUUACACAUCUACGUGAGAACGUGUUCGUUUUCUCUUCUUUUUUUUCUGCGAGUAAAAACUCCGCGAGAAUUCUCGAGAGCGAUUUUCCCUUCUUCUCUCCGAUUUUCACGCUAAUUAUUAUUAUUAUUUUUUUUUUAUACACGAGUUGCACAUUGCCGACGAUUUAUUUAUUUAUUUUUUUUUUUUUCCAUCGCGUCUCACCUUGCUCGAUUCUCUAUUUCAAGAGACAUUGGCCGUGGAAAUGUAUGAUUGUGGUUUUUCUUUUUACGAAUAAAACGGAGAGCUUUGUGAUGAUUAAAAGUGCGCAUAUUGUUUCGCGGAAUAUUGUUUCGGGAGGAUUUUUCAUUCGCGACACCUUGCCGAUCACAGGCGCAAAUGUCAACGCUUUGCAGUCAUCGUGUAUGUGUGUGUUACAAAGAUUGUGUUUCUAUGAAUUACUGAUAAAAAAAAAGAGAACCGUCGUCUUACAAUAUCAAUAUAAUUGUGUUAGUACAAAGAGCGAAAAAGCGGCGUUAGUCCUCUACAAUCGGUGGAAACGUGAUCGGUAAGGUGUCACGGUCGCAAGUGUAAAUACUAAGUUUUUUUUUUCAGCACAGGACAAAGGGGAUUUAAUUUAACGAUGAUAAGAGAUUUUUCACGACUAUACACACAAAUCGAUUAAAUUAUAUUAUUCUGUAACUCAAAGUUUGGCAUGCCACAUUUUUUUUUUUUAUUUUUUUAUUUAUUUGUUGUAUUGCAAUUGUACGCGAGUAUAUUACCGCCGCGAUUUGUUGUCACCGACAAGAAAACGGAUUCGACUGAGAAUUUCAAUCAGUGAAAAAGUUAUAAUAUUCCUCGCGAACCUUCCAGCGCGGCAGAAAACAAAU